AUGCGACCUCGCGCGACUACAAUCCCCUUGCACAGCAAGACCCCCUGCAAACUCUCAACGGUAAUCAACCGCUCCGGGACAACAACCCCAGACAGCACACUCCACGACGACUUCUCGCGAGUCUACACAAUCUUCCAGUCCCUCAAACCAAACUACACCAUCGUCGACGAUGAGGGCCUACCAGUCUACUACGUCAAAACAAAAGGCCUGCGACCCACCGCACCACAUCUAACCAUGCACCCGGGCAAAGACGCCAGCGGCCCGAUUGUCGCAUUCGUGAAAUUCAUCGCCUCUUCACGGACAGCGAAGAUCGCACGCGGUGACCCAGAGUACGCGCAGAAUGCCAUUUGGGAAGACCUUAAGCGGCUCGAUCGGUGGUCCGGCGUCCGGUACCGCUGGGAGAUGGCCGUGCUGGACUACGACGGCGCCGUGCAGCGCAAGACAUUCGUCUGGAAGCGGACACGCUCGUUCAAUGCCGAUGGGCUACCGAGGGAGUCGAAGAACCCUUUCCGACGGAACUAUAAACUGGUCGAUGGUGAAAGUGGGGAGCUACUCGCGGUGUUCUCAGCGGAUCUGGGACUUGGGAAUUUCAAGCAACUAGGGAAGCUUCGGUUUAUGGAUGAUCGCUAUGGCUCGGUGUUUCGUAUGAUGGUGUCUUUGUCGGCGCUUGUUGUGUGUGAUUGGGAAGAUUGA